AAAAAAUUUGCGCGAAAUCCCUAGCGCGUCGUUUCGAAUUUGUGCGGUUUGUCGCAUUUCUUCUUCCCAGACAAACAACGUACUUUUGACCUAGCCACUGAGACUACUCAUUUGUAUCUUCUUUGGUGAUUUGUUCCUGAUCGAGUUGCACACCACACUGUAAGUAAUGAAAUUUCUGUAGGUUAUCCUUUUAAAAAUAAUAACUCGAUAGCUUACUUUGUCAUUAAAAGUAAGUUCAAACGUUCGAAUCGUAUUAAGGAGCACAAUUAAAUGAAUCGACGAUAGUGAGAACGCUUGAAAAAAGUCCUUAUUGCCCAAGCUCCCAACUUUGGGGAAAUUUCGGGGGUUUUUAUUCCAUUUCCCCAAAGCUUACUAUAGCGGCUUCCCUUAAAUGGGUCAAAAUUUCUCCAAAAUUGAGAGCUUGGGUGAUGUCGUCUAGCUAUGUAGCUUACUGAAAUUUCUGUCAAAAGUGUGAGGUUAUUUUUGUUAGCAUAUUGCCCUACUGUAAGCUGACGUUACACACUAAUUGUCGACUUUCAAAAUGGGGUUUUGGCGGUCUACAUUUCAUCACACAACUGCAUGCGCAAUAGCGUGAAGUAUCCUGUCAGAUACACACUACCACGUAUUUCAUAGUCGCCAAAAUGUCACAGACGUGUAGCUCAAUACAUUAAUUCUUAACGGAGCAUCAACUCUAACCUCAUUGCAUCAUUACUCUUGUAUCCCGUUCCACUUUUCACCAUCCGACGGACUCUGUGUGCACGAUUAUUAAGUCGGGCCUAUAGAUCAUCUGCCGUAAACAUGGGAGUUCAUCAGUUGAGCAAGGUAAUUGGUGAUAAUGCACAGAAAGCAGUCAAAAGCUGUGAAAUCAAAUCAUAUUUCGGUUGGGAUAACUACAGACAUUCUUGUUACCGAGUUUUUUAUAGGAAGAAAAGUAGCAAUUGACGCUUCUAUGUCAAUUUACCAGUUUCUUAUUGCUGUUAGACAAGAAGGGAAUACUCUGAUGAAUGCAGAAGGAGAGUCGACUAGCCAUUUGAUGGGCAUGUUUUAUAGAACAAUAAGAAUGAUAGAAAAUGGAAUCAAACCUGUAUAUGUUUUUGAAGGAAAACCACCCUCUAUGAAAGCUGGAGAGUUAGCCAAACGCUCUGACAGACGUAUUGAAUCAACUAAAGAAUUAGCCAAAGCAGAAGCUGAAGAAGAUUUAGAAGCUAUUGAGAAAUUCUCCAAACGUUUAGUUAAGGUUACUCCGGCUCAUAACGAAGAUUGCAGACAGCUUCUUAAUUUAAUGGGCGUUCCGUUUGUUAAUGCACCUGGAGAAGCAGAAGCGCAAUGCGCAGUAUUGGCGAAGUCAGGAAAAGUUUAUGCUGUAGGGACUGAAGAUAUGGAUGCAUUGGCAUUUGGUACUCCAGUUCUGCUACGACAUUUGACAUUCAGUGAAGCCAGAAAAAUGGCCAUUCAAGAGUUCAACCUGACGUCAGUUCUUGAAGGUCUUGGUUUAAAUAUGGAUCAAUUUAUAGAUUUGUGCAUAUUACUUGGUUGUGACUACGUUGAUACAAUACGAGGAAUCGGUCCUAAGAAAGCGUUAGAUUUGUUGCAUAAGUAUCAGUCGAUUGAUUGUGUUUUGAAGAAUAUCGAUAAAUCUAAAUAUCCUGUCCCGGACGAUUGGCCUUACGAAGAUGCGAAAAAGCUUUUCUUGAAUCCCGAGGUGACAGACCCUUCAUCAAUUGAACUUAAAUGGAAUGAACCAGAUGAAGAAGGUUUGGUAGAGUUUCUAUGCCACAAACAUGGGUUCAAUGAAGAACGUAUAAGAAAUGGAGCGAAAAAGUUAUUAAAAGCCAGAAAUACAACUACUCAAGGUCGAAUAGACAACUUUUUCAGCUGUGUUCCAUCAAAAAGUAAUUCAUCCACGUCGACUCCCAACAGCAAUCACAAAAAGGUAUCAAACAGUGCAUCUGAUCGUAAACGUAAAAGUAACGCUUGUACGACGAACGGAUACAAAAAGCCAAAAUAAACCAAACAUCCUCAAAAUUUCUCCAAAACUGUUUCCGGUGAAUUGUUACCACUUUCGUCAGUUUCAUGUGUCCUUCACUUGUGUAUGUACUUGUUCAUUAUAGCUCAUCAGAUCUUUAGAAUAAAUUAUUUAUUGGUGUAUGAAAUAA